AAACUGCAAUAGUUCUGCAGUGCAGAUGCAGCCCUAUUACAGAUCCAUAAUCUUCCCACAAUGUGUUCUCAGACAACUUUGCAUUGAUAUUUAGGGUGCAUCUACACUCUAGAAAUAAUACAGUUAGAUACCACUGUAAUUGCCACGGCUCCAUGCCACAGAAUCCUGGAAUUUGUAGUUUUAUCCUUCUCAUUGGCAGAGAAGGAUAAAGACCUAAGAGUCAGUCUGAAUUUAUGGAGGCUAAAUCUUUUCUAAACCAUAAGGAAGAGGUGAUAGACCCAUUCCUCUUUCUGUUCAAAUGAUGUUUAUUAAGGCGGCAACACAGGAGAUUAAUAUCUUGCCUAUAAGACCCUUGUGAAUAAAAUGCUACCCUGAAGUGUUCAAAACUCAGAAUUGAGUGGAUCAGUAAAACUUUUGUGUUGUUUAUUUUCCAUCUAUAGAUCAGGAAGAUGCAAUGAGAUCUUGAGCAGUGGUUCUCAACCUCUGGAUCGCAACCCCUUUGAGGGCCAAACAUUUCCACAGGGGUCUCCUAAGACCAUUGGAAAACACAUAUUUCCAUCGGAAAACACAAAUAAUUUUAUGUUUAGGGGUCACCACAACAUGAGGAACUGUACUGUAUGAAAGGGUCGCAGCAUUAGGAAGGUUGAGAACCACUGGUCUAGAGGCAAAAGUAAAGUGUGUUUGUUCUAGAACGUUCCAGUCUUCCUGGCUUGUGAUAUCACAGAAUUCUUGGAAUUUUCCAGCAACUGUCAUUUCAGCAGCUGGAACAAAUGGUACAAGAGCUCAGAGGUUUCCAAUGCUACCUAAAGGAAAGUACGGAGUAGCUUGAAUUGAGAGCAUCGGGGGUUCCUCAACAUGCCUCAGGAUGAAGAGGACCCAGAGAUGGCCUUUCCCCUCCCAAUCUCAGCAGAGGCUGAAGACAAUCUAGAAUGGAACAUAGGAGAGCCCUUUGAGUCCUUGGAGAAGCUGCAGGGCCUCUCCAGUGGGGAGAAAGGGGAGAAGGCCAUGUUGCGUUCACGCAUCCAUGAACAAUCUCAACUGAUCUGCAUCCUGAAGAAGCGAGCAGAUGACCAGUUCUUGUGCUCCAAGGCCCUUGAACAGCUCAACAUAGAGCUGGAGGAGAUGAGGGCGGCAGAUGCCCUCAGACUGGAGAAUCAGACCCGGCGCAUCCAGCAGCUGGAAGAGCGCUUUAUGGACUUGGCUGCCAACCAUGAGGCGAUGAUCCAUUUCAAAGACGAACACAAACGUCAGAACACACAGCUGAGGGAAGAAAACCGGCGCCUACGUCAAGAGAACCAAAAUCUCUUCAGCCAACCUUUGAAAGAGAAAGAAGCAGAGCUGGCCCAGCUCACUUCUCAGCUGGAGACACUCUCUAAGGAAAUGGCGUCUUUAAAGGAAAGUUACAAAGAGGACAGCCAACGUACUCAAGAACAAGAGAAAAAGUUUCUGGAAGCUCAAAGCCAAAAGGCCAGAGUCCAUGCUGAGGAAAUGAAGUCCUUGGGAUGCCAACUGAAAAUCUUUAAGGAGAAGCACCAUCAUGUCACCAAGAAGCUGAAACAAGCAGAAAAGCAGCUAAGGGAAACCGAUAGCAAUGCGCAAACCAUGCUGGAAAAGCUGACUAAGGAGAAAGAGGAGUUGCUGAAGUUGGCUAUGGAUCGAGGCAAGGCGCUGCAGGAAAAGCAAUGGGAGAUACUGCAACUAGAGAAGAAGGCGGAAGAGAUGGAGAAAGCCAAACUGGCAGCUGAACAGCGCUUUGAGACUGAGGCUGCAUUGGUAAACAGUAAUCUCCGGGUUCGGGACCUUCACCAUCGACUGGAUGGAGCACAACAAGCCUAUGCUGAACUCCAGAUGCAGUUUGAAGCUUACAAGAAGCACAGCACAGAGCUGCUUACUAAAGAGAAAGAGUUAAAUGUCAAACUGCGCCAUUUCAUGGCAUAG